CUCCGGGUGUGGGGCGGGCGCUGCGGCGAGCGCGGCCGCCGCUUCCUCGGGCCAUUUUGCGGAGGAGCGACGGGGAGGAGGAGCCGCCGAGGAGACCCAGGGCGAGGAGCGGCGAGCCGGAGGAGGCGGCGGCCGCGCGGGCACGGGCUUUCCUCGAUCGCGGGGAGCUCGAGGGGCGAAGGGAUCGCCGGGGAGGGGACCGGAGAGCCGCGCCUGCCGCGCGGCGCGCCGCUUCCCGCCCCCUGCACCAUGAGCUGGGGCACCGAGCUCUGGGAUCAAUUUGACAACUUAGAAAAACACACCCAGUGGGGAAUUGAUAUUCUUGAAAAAUACAUCAAAUUUGUAAAGGAAAGGACAGAGAUUGAACUCAGCUAUGCAAAGCAGCUCAGGAAUCUUUCGAAGAAAUACCAACCUAAAAAGAACUCAAAGGAGGAAGAAGAAUACAGGUAUACGGCAUGUAAAGCCUUCCUUUCCACCCUGAAUGAGAUGAAUGAUUAUGCUGGACAGCAUGAAGUCAUCUCUGAGAAUAUGACCUCCCAGAUCACCAUGGAGUUAGCACGCUAUGUCCAGGAACUGAAGCAGGAGAGGAAAUCGCACUUUCAUGAUGGACGGAAGGCACAGCAGCACAUAGAGACUUGCUGGAAGCAACUAGAAUCAACCAAAAGACGUUUUGAGCGGGAUUGCAAAGAGGCUGACCGAGCCCAGCAGUACUUUGAGAAAAUGGACGCCGACAUAAAUGUUACAAAAGCAGAUGUUGAAAAGGCACGGCAACAAGCUCAAACGCGUCACCAAAUGGCAGAGGACAGCAAAGGCGAGUACUCAUCAAUUCUUCAGAAAUUCAACCACGAGCAGCAUGAGUAUUACCACACUCAUAUUCCCAAUAUCUUCCAGAAGAUACAAGAGAUGGAGGAGAGGAGGAUAGUGAGAAUUGGAGAAUCGGUGAAGACAUAUGCAGAGCUGGACCGGCAGGUGAUUCCAAUCAUUGGGAAGUGCUUGGAUGGGAUAGUAAAGGCAGCCGAGUCCAUUGAUCCGAAAAAUGAUUCACAGCUGGUCAUAGAAGCUUAUAAGUCCGGGUUUGAGCCUCCGGGAGACAUUGAAUUUGAGGAUUACACUCAGCCUAUGAAGCGCACUGUGUCUGAUAACAGCCUUUCGAAUUCCCGAGGAGAAGGCAAAUCAGAGCUCAAAUUUGGUGGCAAAUCCAAAGGAAAGUUAUGGCCGUUCAUCAAAAAAAAUAAGCUUAUGUCCCUUUUAACAUCCCCCCAUCAGCCUCCCCCACCUCCCCCUGCCUCUGCCUCACCCUCUGCUGUUCCCAACGGCCCCCAGUCUCCCAAGCAGCAAAAGGAACCCCUCUCCCAUCGCUUCAACGAGUUCAUGACCUCCAAACCCAAAAUCCACUGCUUCAGGAGUCUAAAGCGUGGGCUUUCUCUCAAGCUGGGUGCAACUCCAGAAGAUUUCAGCAACCUCCCACCCGAACAGAGAAGGAAAAAGCUACAACAGAGAGUUGAUGAAUUAAAUAAAGAAAUUCAGAAGGAGAUGGAUCAAAGAGAUGCCAUCACAAAAAUGAAAGAUGUCUACCUAAAGAAUCCGCAAAUGGGAGACCCCGCCAGUUUGGAUCAGAAAUUAGCAGAAGUCAGCCAAAAUAUAGAAAAACUGAGACUAGAGGCCCAGAAAUUUGAGGCCUGGCUGGCCGAGGUGGAAGGCAGACUCCCAGCACGCAGCGAACAGGCCCGCCGGCAGAGUGGGAUGUACGACGUGCAGAACCCGCAGGCGGUCAACAACUGCGCACAGGAUCGGGAGAGCAGCCCAGAUGGCAGUUACACGGAGGAGCAGAGUCAGGAGAGUGAGGUCAAGGUGCUGGCCACGGACUUCGACGAUGAGUUCGAGGAUGAGGAACCCCUGCCCGCGAUCGGGACAUGUAAAGCUCUCUACACGUUUGAAGGUCAGAAUGAAGGAACCAUUUCAGUAGUUGAAGGAGAAACACUCUACGUUAUAGAGGAAGACAAAGGCGACGGGUGGACCCGCAUCCGGAGAAAUGAAGAUGAAGAGGGUUACGUCCCCACUUCAUACGUCGAAGUCUAUUUGGACAAAAAUGCCAAAGGUGCUAAGACUUAUAUUUAAUACAACUUAAAAAAAAAAAAAAAACUUAAAAAAAGUUGGAGUUGUUUCUCCCCACAACUAUGACUGUUACAGGCAGCUCAGAAGACUGGAUGGGGAGCAUCACAGUACGUGUUUCUUUUAGGCACAAGGUGGACUUUCAGGCAUCUUACACCUGAAUUUCCUGGGCUGGUUUUGACUUGCUGAUGACAUUUUACGUGGAAAGCUGCCAACUGCCAAUUUAGAACUGUGUCCUUUGAAAUCUGAUAAACAUUUCUUCUUGGGGCAGCUUUUGUAGAUAACCAAAAAGUUGCCUUCCAGCUUCUAAUCUGUAUUUCUGAAUCUGAAAGUCUAGUGCACAUCUUAAGGGGUGCCGAAGACUUCAGUUCUCUUAUUUAUAUCUAGUAUCUGCCAGAAAUUGAACUACCUUAGAAUGUUACAGUUUGUAACUUCAUGAACUGAACUACGCUAGUUUGUUAAAUUUUACAGUCAUUCACUUUGGAGGAAGUCUCAAUAAAGUAUAGAAUAAGUAAAGAAUAAGAUUGGUAAUAAAAGUGUGUAUAUUUCCUUCAGCGUCUCAUUAGAUCUCCAUGUUAUCUGGUUCUAUCUAUAUGAUCCUAAACUACCAAUUGAAAUAUAGAAAACUUUGGUGGAUCAACCAGUUGCUCUUUACGUAGGACUGCUGAUCUUCCUUCCUUCCACCAGUUGACAGAGUUGAUCAGAUGUGCCAGUGCUGUUUAGAUAAACUUACAUGAAAAACAGCGCACUUCAUUCUGUUCUGUUGGAGGUUCUGUGGGAGGUGGAGCUGUAUUCACACUUGCCUGGGUGGGGCUGUGGAUAGACCCUUGUAAGCAACUGCUUCUACACACAGACCCCAGGGCGUCAUUUUUCAAGGGGUUUUUUUGGUUUGUUUUUUUAAUCUUUGGCAUCUUUAAGACCCAAAGUAUGAAUUUACUGUGCAUUGUUUUAGAAUUUCUAGCUCAUUUUCUAAAAUGUUUCACCAUCGUAAAGGAAUCUGGGUCACAUGGGGAUUUGCAUUUUUAAAUUGGCAGGAUAGGUAGUAAAAUUGGUGACAUGCCCAAGGGUUGUGCUCAUUUCUAGACUCUUCCCUGAGAUCACAGAGAACCGGCUAACAAUGAGUAAGAAUAAAGGUGUGGGGUUGAGGUUCUCUUUUUUAUUUGGCUUUGAACAUUAUUCUUGUCCUUCCUACUUUUAAAUAGGAAAUUAGCUCCUUGCUUCUACACUGUGGGCUCCUUGUAGAAGCGCAGGUCAAUUUAAAGCUGAUUUUAAAACUGACAGCAGCACAUCGGGGGUCUUGGACUUGGCAGGAGUUAUGGGUGACUGUUGCAGAUUCUAGCAGAACACUCUCUUACAUUUCCCAAGGGCCACCAGGAUGGAAUUUAGUAACCAUUACUUAAUGACUGCCUGACUUUUAAAACGCUUUAUUUUUAAAUGAUUACAGAUUCUCAGGAAGUUGCAAAGAUAGUACAGAGAGAUCCCCUUCAUCCAGCUUCCCCCAGUGGUUACGUCUGACACAACUGCGGUCCAAUAUCAAAAGUGGGAAACCGACACUAACUGGCCAGCCUGAUUUUUUAAAAUACAAUUUUGUAAUUCAGAUUUCUUUUGCAUUACUAUACCUGUGCUGCCAUUAUAUCGAUAAAGCCACUCAUCCUGACCCCAGACCUCUCAGGAGAAUCAUUUCAGUUCUUCCUUUUAACUACUGCAGCAAGAAAAUCAACUGACCUUUAAACCGUGGGGAUUUAAUGAGCAGUAGGUGGUCACAGCUCUGGGCAUGUAACCAAGUGAAUCCCUGAGAUAGUAAAGCCUAACCUUUCUAGCCUGUAAUGAACUCAUUUCCAGACUGUGAAUUAUUGGAGAAAGCAAACUAAACACUGAAAGAGUCUUACAAUGAGAGAGGACAUUAGUCGUUUAAAAGCCUGACUUGAAAAGUAUGGCAUUCUACGAAGUUGGUUGGUGUUUUGUUUUGUUUUUUUCCCCUCCCCUUUAAGAGUUGUGCAAAUCUGAUUCAGAAAAUAGCUCAGCUAGCUUUCGGGAUGGGUGGGGCGAUUUGGGUGCAUAAAUUAUGAUCAUUAUUUUAGAUUGUCUGCCUCAGAACCUUUACCAGAUGAAUCUACAUACUAGUGACUCAACAGUGAAAGAUAUUGUGUAGUUUCGGGUCCGUCUAGUCAGUGCGCAAAGGAUUAGCAAAAGUCUUGAAACCAUUCCCAGAGAAUCACAAAUUUCCAUUUCCACCCAAAGUAUACUUUGUGUUCUUCCAGCAGUUAUCUGUUAAAAUAGAAGUAGCAAGGUCUCAGCUUGUGUAUAAAGUUUUCUCCUCUUGUUUAGAGAUACACUUAGAAGUGAAAUGUAUGUAGAAGCCUUCCUUCACUACCUUGUUUAUAAAUCUGUUCCGCCUGCUCCACAAACACUGCCCCCCCCCCCCAUAAGCCCAUCCCAGGAGGGUGGGGCUGCUGCUUUCUGACGCCUGAAACCCAAAAGGAGUUGUUUUAUUGUCAGUAAUGCUGGUGCACUUUUGUGUGUGUGUGGUGUCUACCAUGUGACUAUUUAAUACUUGCCAAAAUAGUUAGACUAGCAUUCCAUUUGGUCAACUGUAUUGUGACUGUCCUCUUUUAUGGUUUUGAUUUUGUUUUUGUUUUUUUUUUCAUUGCUUUCUAUGAAAUAUGUCCAUAACCGCCCCCCGCCCCGAUAGAUUUGUAUAUACUGCAAUAGAAGAACUAAAAGGAUUACUUGAAUUCGUUGUGUUAACGUUUUACUCUUUUAUCUGUUUGUUUUAUUGGUGAUUCUGCUGCCUAAUGACCUUUUUGUUUUGGUAACCGCUGGGGGAGCCGGAAGGACGGUUACACUGGUAGCUAGGUCCCCCGCCGGCUGAUCCACACUUGAGUUUAUUGUAGACACUUGGGUUCUGAGUAAGUUUUGUUUGAAAACGGCCAACGUGACUGUUUCUCUCUCUCCUUAUCCUACAAGAAAAGACUCUGUCUGGCACCUUGUAGUUGUACCCUCGUAUCUGCCUCUCUAAUAAACGUUAUAUUUUUCUCAGUGUUGUGUAUUUUAAAUGAUUUUUCACCUUUCCGAGAAAAUUAUUCUGUGUAAUCUGAGUGCUUAACUCUUUCGUCUUCAAUAAUGGGGAGUUUUCUGCCAAAUGCUUUAAAAAAAAAAGAAAAUUCUGCCCUUUCCCCCUUUUAAAUGAUGACACCUUCUCUGUUUCUCACCCUGUGUGCACCUACGGGCUUCAAGAGUCUGUCUCCUGUUUCUUUUCUGUCCCCUCAAGAUGAAGAACUUUCACUGUUUAUUGCUGAGUAGACACUGAGUGACAGGUUUUCCUUUUCGCCAAAGAUGUUGCCUUUUACUGACAAAGGAACCGAGAGUGUCAGUCGGAGAGAGAACCGGGCCUUCGGGUUCCUGGUAUCAUUCUGGGAAGACGGUUUCUUUCUGUCUCGAUUUAUGAGAAAGAGAGUUUUAUGAGAUUUAUGAGAAUUUGAUUUAUGGGAAAGAUGAGUAGGGGUGCGUGGGUGCAUCGUCUCCUGGCUGGCUUCUCUUACCCCUGAAGGAAAGACUAGCUGCUCUGAUUGCAGAUAAAACCGUGAAAGUUCCUUAUCUCAGACACCAUGUGGUAACCAAGUGCUCUAAAAUAAUUGCCCCCUCCCCUCCCACC